AUGAUUGAUGAAACUAUCUCAUCUAAUGAAAAUAAUAUCUAUUUACCUCUUGAAUCAGAUGCUUUAGCUCUAGCUCUGCCUUCUCCAUCAUCUUCAGUCCCUAAACAAAAAUUAAAAACCAAAAAAAUAGUUUAA